AAGUUAAUACACAACUUUAUACCACACGUUGCUACGAUUCAGUCAUACUAGCAGCUCUCAGCAUGCCACACUGUGUACAAUGUAAAGCUGGGAUUACAUAUCUUAAGAAACUCACAGUGAGUGCGCUUUCACAACGUCGUCACCACUUUACUAUGAAGAGCAAACCUCGCACUUCAAGUCCACUAAAACAAUGUAAACUUCCGUACGAAACCACACUUCAAAGCACAUUCUGUCUACAAUAGUUUUUGACGAAAAACCAAAGCAAUCGUUAACAAUACGGCAUCGCUUUUGUAUAAAUCUACCUCAACAAAACAGCAGCUGUAACGACGUCCUUACGACUACUACUACAGCGAAAGGGACAAAGGGCGGUUAACACAAUAGCUUUGUGGUUAAAUUCGAAAUGUUAAUUAAUGUAAAUAAAUAUAAGAAUGAAAGUACCUUAAAGAUGUCUAUAGUAAAAGAACCUCGUAUACAUUUAUAUAUUUCAAUUACAGCAGAAACCUUUUGAUGGCAAGCUUAUACAUCAAACAGACAACGCGUCACAUAUGUGUACUAUACUAAAAUAACUUGCUCUGAAAAACAGGCCCGAUAGAAUUCUUGUUAUAACUGGCACAAAACGUAAAGCGUAAACAUAGGAGCAACAAACAUGUUGUCUGCUCCGUUUACUUUUAACUGGUGCGCCAAUAACAUGUUCGUAUACUGAGCGUACACGAACUAACAUGCAAAAGCAAUUCACUUUAGUACCCUGAGCUAACGGUCCUGUUAUCACCCGACCUAUACCGUUGCCAGUCAUCGUCAGUUUGAACUGCUUUUCCAGGCGCUGUGUUCUAGUGUUCUAUCUCAAUUAGGGAGCUUCCAUGCGAUAGCUAAUCAUGCAAUCUGUCACUAUGUACUUUUACACCGAGUCGCCUUAUUCAUAUUGCAUGCGGGGAACAAGCAGCGAAAGGUCGUUGGUUCGCUGACCAAUUUCGCAGCCACGGUCUAAUUACUUCUAUCCCGCAGAGGCAAUUGACUUGAAUAUUUAAUUAGGCAGAACACUUGCCAAUCCAUGCUAUGCCUAUUGACCGUAUACGACACACAGGGGGCGUAACAUAUGUUCAAUGUAACACGAAUUCCGUAACUACAUAUGCUGCGCUACCAUGUUGGGUAUACAUCUCUGUUGUUUGAACUGUCACCGUCGCUUUAAAAUCGAAAUCGAGAAAAUCUUUUCAUAUAAAAUAUUCUAUGUGUUUUUUUCUCAUGGCAAAUUGUGCUACAAUUUAAGGUAUAUAAUUGGUCUAAAAUGUGUAUACGAUCAAAACAACUCAUAAAAGCUACUUGUUUCUUUUCUUUUAAGGUAAAAUAAUCUCUCAACAAUCGGUAGCUUAUUACCACAACCUAUGUUUUCAUACAAUAUCAUCUUACAAUGCUGGAACACUAUAUAUACGUAUAUACACUACCUCUGUGCAGAACGUUUUAAAUAGAAGUCGUUCUGAAAUGGUCAAUUCUCGUUAAAUGUACAUCCCAUUUUAAAUGACGCAACCAAUAUACGUGAACAGAUGCAAUAGAUAAACUAUAUACGUCUGUAUUGUAACGGCUUAGAUAGAACAAACUAACCGCGUUCGGUUUAGAAAAAGAAAUAAAGAGAACGUCAUAUACAGAGACAUUAUACUUUACAGACCCUGAUGCGUUGAGUCAGGGACAAUGCAAAUACGUGCAUACCUUGAAACAUAGAUGUAUUUAACCUUACAUGGCGUAUAACAAUAUUCUUUACAUUUUACAUACAAAAUUUUAACCUCAUAUUACGUGUUGCAGCGGAUUUUCAAACCACUAUUUCAAGAGACUGCUUGAUGUAAACUCUGUUAGCGAAACCCGCGGCCAGAAGCUUUAUACUCGGAUAGAUUUGUUCCCAUGAGGAACAGAUGGCAGCAGGGUGGAAAUGUCGCGUGGAAGUAAAGCCACAAAACAAAACAAACCUUUUACUUGUACUUGGAAAAUACGACACCAAACGUUGUGUCGAUGAAAUAUGGUAGAAUUUCCAAAAAUGAAGCACAGAAGUUAGACCGAGUAGGGUGUGAAACAUAGAGUAGUCGUGUUUCUUAUACAUACGAUGUAUAUUACUUUAUAUAUACAACUUCUCCGUUUAAACAUUUCACUCACACUUCAUGGUGAAAAACAGCGAGAACAAACAAUUCGCGUCUCGCUAAACACAAUUACUACAUACAAAUCUAAUAUGCAAAUAUAUCAUGGUAUGAUCCAUACUGAACGCCAACUAACCUCGAUGUAUCCGGUCAGUGCUUAAGACGCAUGGUCUGAGUGGUCGUGUUGUUACAAGCGUGUUGUUACGAAACGAUAAGGUUGCUUUAAAACUAAUGAAAUCGUUGUUAGUUAGAAUUAACAGUUUGAGUAUUUGCGCUGUUAUUUUAGUUGUGAAAUGGAUAGGUUUACGACAACCUAUGAUGUCACGAUGACGAGUGCUGUUGAUGACGUCAUUAUACCGAAAACUAGACAAGUCAGUUUUAUUAUUCCGUUGACAAUCGAAUGCAUUAUAGUGGCAUGUUGUAUAUGGUUAGCCGUAACGUUGGUCAUUCAUGGAGUCAGAACUAACAGAUUUAGACGUCAAAGUGGAAACGACCUUAAUGGUGGGAUUGUGUACAGUUUGGCUGUUGUCUCUACUCUGACGGUGGCUGUUCGAUGCUGCUGUUCCAUCAUCGCUAUUACACUCCCUCCUUAUAAACCAGGAUUUGACGACGAAUGCGAAAGAACUAGCGACGCCGUUAUUUCACUUUACCUUACUGCGUUGGUACCAGUGUAUUUGUUGUUGUGGUUCCGGCAAAGGGCAAUAUACGCCCACCCACUAAUGUCAAGCUCUCAUAGCAAAUUUAUCAUUUUGCUGAGUUGGUCAAGUAUUCUAUUUUUGCUUUGCGCCGGGACAGCUGUAGUUCUAGUUUUUACCAUUCCGAAAAACAGAAAAUCGAAUUAUUCCGGCUGCGAACUCAAGACACGCGAAAGUGUGAACACAGCCGGAUCAAUUUUAACAAUAAUCGGACAGUUGAUGCUUUUGGUUCUUUUUAUCAUUCCCCUUCGACGUAAUCUACAAGGCUGGGGAUCAUUCUCUGUGAUGCGGAAAGCUUUCUGGCGGAAGUCGGACUCUACGACUGUUAGUUCACCGCAAGUCGUAAAUGUCAAUGAUGAUAAUUCAAUUGGAAAACCUGGGCUUAUUGGCACCAACUGCACGAAUGUAUCGACUCAUACUGAAGCAAGUUCCUCCACAAAUGUCCCGAUUAACAAAAAGAUUCUUCGCAUCAUACAACGUUCGAUAGUCCUUGCUACGAUUUGCAUCUUAACAGACGUUACUGCGAUGGUUAUUUCGACCUACGCAAUGCCAAAAGACGGCACCCGAAACAACGUAUACGUUUUAUAUGACACCAGUCUUCUUUCCAACGUCAUCUGCAUUAUCUUGUCGUUCGAGAAUUAUAAAACAAUGAUAUUCCCAACAAUUGAAGUCACAAAAGAUUCAUCUUCGGGGCGAACUGGAUCUCUUGCUACAGUUUCAUGAGGUUACUCAAAUUGAGAGCAAGCUAACUGAUGUCCAAGGAUUGAUGUGCGAAAUUUACUAAAUAGUAAAAUACGAUUAGAACUUCUGGCACGGGUCAUGUAAAUUGUAAAACAUGUAUAGGAGGGUGGAGGAUGAUGGAACGCUUUUUUAUUUUAAUUUUCCGCCUCGUUUGGUAAUAAACAAAAAAAACAUUCAAAGAACCGUACCUUAACGACAUCCAUAAAUACCGUUGUUAAUUGUUUAAAACACGAUCAUGGUAUUUAGAUAUGUGCUAUAAAGACGACCCAUCUUCCCCCACCCUGCUAUAUAUGUUAUGUGGCGCAGUCGAUUUAUUAAGGGCAUCCAAGUUUGGCUUGAAAUAUAAUAAGCCAACGGAUCAACAAGAAUAUCGUGUUAUUUUUUCGACAUACCUGUUUUAUGUUUUCUAAUGCCUCUAUACCCGCCAUUUGUAUCUCAUAUAUACUCCCAAACUUUUUUCAUACUAAGCAUAAUUCUUUCGAGUGCCUUUGAACCUUAAUACAAUCAACUUGCUUAAUUUGUCUCUGACGUUUGAUUGGUUACAGUUGCUAGUACGUCUGACGAACUGGAAAUUAAAUCAAUUAGUUCCCAAUCACUUGGGUACUUAAAGUAGCGAACCGUCGAUACAGCUGCUGGCAUUAUUUGGCAGCGCACCCAACGUCGUGUAUAUACAUCCACAAAGUAACACAUCGGUAACUGCUGUGACAAGGUGUAUGAACAGAACACCUAAAUGUCCAUAGGUAACAAUGAUGCACUGAAACGUCUUCUCUGUGUUUCACUUGAAACCUAAAAAGUUUAAUAAUACCCAAUGCUGUAAGUUCAAUGCAUUCAAAUAAUGCAUAACAGUGGUAAUCUUGACGUUGGACAAAACAGGUUCUCUUAAUGGUGCGCCUCUGAUUGCGCAAGGGAAUACCAUUGUUUUAUAAUUCUCAAACGACAAGAUAAUGCAGAUGACGUUGGAAAGAAGACUGACGUCAUAAAUGUUAUAAGCAAAGUUUCGGAUGCCGUCUUUUGGGAGUGCGUAAGUGGAAAUAACCAUCGCAGUAACGUCUGUUAAGAUGCAAAUCGUAGCAAACAAGGACUAUCGAACGUUGUAUGAUGCGAAGAAUCGUUUUGUUGAUCGAGAACAAUUUAUCUGAAGAGCAUUUAUUGGAGUGGGUGUUUGUAGGAUCUCAUUGCGACAAAAAUAACUACCAAUUUUCACCGGAUGUUGACUCAUUCCAGAUUAGUAGGCAGUUGUUUUAUGUAAAAAAAUAACAGUAACUUUCCAUUUCUGUUAGACAAAUACAAAAUAAAUAAGUUUCUUUUUCUUCAUAUUAAGACGGAUUGCUUGAUAGCUGGAAGAUGCAUGUGUGUAUGUCAAAAGAACUCCCCUUGUUCAUGAACACGCUUACUUAAAAUUUCACCGACGACCAGUCGCCACUGCACCACACGACAAGCCAAAGCCAACCUGGACCUGGAAAAUUAAGAUGGAUUGUCUCUUAUACAGACACACAGUAUAAAUUAGAGGGUAAUACUUUAAAAUAUAUCGAUACCGGUAGGACAACAAGAAUAAUACAACCAAACACCAAUGCCCGUGGACAACUGGCAUUAAAAAUACCAACAACACAAAAGCAGAACAACAACUGCCAAACUCGGCAACUCAAAGAACAGCAGAAUGUGCAAAAUCAAACAAGGAACAAAUCCUGAGCAUAGAAACAGCUCAGGAAACAAACCAGCAUGAGAAAUGUAACAUAUUGCAGCUCGAACCAAUGCAAUACCAACCUAAACAAACCAACUUCACUCACACAAGUUGGGACCUUGCAACUGAAGACCAAAAUCACAUUUUCAGUGAGGGACUUAGGAUAAAAAAGAAACCAAGAAUUCUUUUCAUUCCACGUACUUUGCAUGAAACGGUUUUCGCGUUGCUUCUCUUCGCCGAAGGAAAUCUCAUGCGUUUCUCGAUACAUUUGAUUCGGGAAUUAAUUAUUACCAGAGCCAGUGUUUCCAAUAGACUGUUUUUGCGUUUAAAAUGUUGUUUUGUCGUCCCCGAUGUCACCGUUUAAUUAAAUUUCUAAAAAUUAUAUUUGUGUGGCAACAGUUUAUUUUAAGCGGUUUACGAUUAAAUUGCCCAUCACCAAACUCCCCAACUUAUGUUCUAAAAAUAAACAUCUAUAUGCGCCAUGUAACUUGGCAACAAUAAACGCCGCCAAGAUUUCGUUUUGGAUUUUUUUUUGGGGGGGGGGGAGGGGUUAACUACUCAUGGGGUACUUUGUGUAACCUAUUGGUUUAACUAUAAUUAGAUUUAUUAAGGCGCUAGUGAAGAAUCUUCCCCCACCUUAUUUGCUAACCCCUAACCCCUAAUCCCUAUAAGUAUAAUUGUUCCAGUUAAUAUUAUACUAAUAAAGAAUCUUGCUUUCAUUGCUUUAUGUACAAUUUUAAUUAAAUUACAACAAUAGGUUGAAAUAUUAUACGAAUAUGGACGCAUUUGGAAAUUCAAGAGAAUCCUGGUGUGCGGUCGAGUUAAACAAAUCACAAUCGUGGUGCAGAACAGAACGACAACACUUUAAGGACAAUUUUAAAAGCUCUGUGUUCAACCCAACAAGAAACAAUGAAGCGGAACAAAGAUGUAAAUGGGAGAUUGAAGCUCCCACCCAUCGAGAGAAACGACAUUAUGAAAUUGCUCAUUCUUACCAGCUGAAGUUUUAACAAGAGAUUCUUAACAACUAGUUUCGUAUUAUAGUUGCGUUCUAUUUAAUUAAAGACCAAAACAUAAGAAAUGCCAACAAACAUAUUUUAUUUCUAUAGUUUACAAUAUACAAUGAUUGCAUCACGAUUUCUGAGAUUAGCAUUACGUAGUAUUGCAAUUAUUUGAUGCCAAAUAAACCAAGACAUAUUCGUUGUUUAA